GUUAGAACUUAAAACCCUAGCCGGAGAAACCCUCGGUCCUUUUCUGUUGCCUCUCAGUUCAUUUAAACCGGGUGGAAGAUGCAGGUUUUGGUGAAAACGGUAACGGGAAAGACCCUAACAUUGGAGAUGGAGUCUUCAGACACCAUCGACUAUGUAAAGGCAAAAAUCAAAGACGAGGAAGGCAUUCCACCCGAACAACAACGCCUAGUCUUCGCAGGAAAACAGCUGGAAGAUGGCCAAGCCCUUGCCGACUUCAGUAUCCGCAAGAAGAAGAAAAGCAAACCCCUCGAGCUUGCUCUGCUCCAGGUUGAUGACGCUGAUGCUCCAUCAAAACAGCUAGAUGUCCAAAAUCUAGAAUCGGAAACACCAGUUGCCUCUACGAAAGCUAGAAAAACAAAGAAGAAGAAACGCGCUGCGUCUGACACAGGAGACACAAUUGAUACUGAUCAUGGUGAAGCCACUGAUGGUGUCCUUGUUGAGCAUGAUGUGAAUGAGCCGACCAUGGGUGAAAAACUUGCUAGUAUAACUUUACAAGAUGAUGAUAAAAGCAGCAGCCAUGAGAUGCAAGAAUCACCUCCUAGCGCAAAGCCACCAAGUGCUGAUUCAGUUAACAUUCUCCUUAAGCAAGCAUUGCGUGCUGAUGAUCGUGCACUUCUUUUAGAUUGCUUAUACACCCAAGAUGAGAAGGUUAUUGCAAAUUCAAUCUCGCUGCUUAAUCCAUCUGAUGUUCUCAAGCUUUUACACAGUCUUCAAUCCAUAAUUCACUCAAGGGGUUCAAUCUUGGCAUGUGCUCUUCCUUGGCUAAGAAGUUUACUUCUUCAACAUUCAACUGGAAUAAUGUCCCAGGAAUCUUCUUUACUUGCUUUGAAUUCCUUAUAUCAGCUCAUUGAAUCCCGAGUGGCAACCUUCCAGUCAGCACUUCAAUUGUCAAGUUGCUUAGACAUCUUCUAUGCAGGGGUCGUUGAUGAUGCAUUGGAUGAAAAUCAAACAAUAACUCCUGUAAUUUAUGAGGACAAUGAUGAAAGUGACGAGGAGGAAGAGGAAUCUGAAGAUGCCAUGGAAACCGAGCAAGGUAGCAAGGAGGAGGAAGCACUUGAUGGACUUAGUGAUAUUGAAGGAAGUGAUGGCAUGAGUGAGUGAUAGUGUCAUUCAAGCACAAUUUCGGUUGCUGCUUUGAUAAGGAUUAAGGGCUAUCAGUUUCAGUGAAGACGAUCUCUUCUUUCAGUCCAGGGGAUCCUUUGACAGAUUUAGAGGUAACUACUGUAAGUUCACUUCCUGGGGAGCACAAAGAUGUUUGGGAAAUCUCUUAGAUGGCCCGAGGCAUAACCAUAGCCUUGCUUGUAUGGCUUUGACUCUUUUCAAUAUUGUUUUCCUUUUGCUGACAUUUUGAGAAAACCACACCAAAGUGUUGCAUUUCCUCCUUUUCAAGUAAAUUUUAGAGAAACAGAGACUGCAACAUCGUUUCAUGUACUCGUGAGAUAUGAUUUCUUUUUGCAAAUUAAGAAAAUAGCAGUCCCAAGUAGAGAGAUCAGAGACUGAAUGGAAUUAGAUUUGAUAA